UUCUCGCACUAGAUCUUCACAGACGGAUCCUACAGCAACCCAGCGUCAGAGUGGGGACUGGAGCGCCGGUUCCCCCGACGACUCAGAGCAACAAGCGCCCAUGCAGAACGGGAAGGGGUCGCUCGCCAAUGGGCAUUUGGGCGCGCAGGGGCGUCCGCCGUGUUCCGGGAAAGGCUCGGCUGCACCGGAGUCCGGCGAGAUAUCCACAGCCCGGGGUAAGGUGUGGGGCUUCCUGAGAAGGAACUGCCUGGUGAUCUGCACCGUGUCCGGGGUGCUGCUGGGGGUGGCGGUGGGGCUCGGGGUGAGGGGUUUACACCUCUCCCCGGCUCACAUGGUCCACUUCGCCUUCCCGGGAGAGGUGCUGCUCCGCCUGCUGAAGAUGGUCAUCCUGCCCGUGGUGUUUUGCAGCCUGGUGUCGGGAGCAGCCAGUCUGGACACCAGAGCCCUGGGCAAGCUGGGCGGCAAAGCCAUCCUCUUCUUCGGCAUCACCACCCUGGUGGCUUCGGCUGUUGGUGUCUCCUUGGGGCUGCUCAUCCGACCGGGUCAACACAGCCAGGCUGAGGAUGCCAACAGCCCAGCCUCGAGCACCAAGCUGCCCUCCAAAGAAGCGGUGGACUCCUUCUUGGAUCUCUUCAGAAACCUCGUUCCUUCAAAUCUUGUAGCUGCUGCAUUCCAAUCGUAUGCUACAGAUUACAAAUGGGUGUCAACAGCUGCUCCUGAUAAAAAUGUAACAUCUGGAAACACAACAUAUGAAAAGGUUCCCAUUGGUACUGAAGUGGAAGGUAUGAACAUACUGGGACUGAUCCUCUUUGCAAUCAUCUUUGGCAUAGCUCUCAGAAAACUAGGCUCUGAUGGGGAACAGAUGAUUAAAUUUUUCAGUACUUUCAAUGAUGCAACUAUGAUCUUGGUCUCCUGGAUUAUGUGGUAUGCUCCCAUUGGAAUCCUAUUCCUCGUUGCCAGCAAAAUAGUGGAGAUGGAUAAUGUUGUUUCCCUGGUAACUGGCUUGGGAAAAUAUAUUGUUGCUUCCAUACUCGGACAUUUUAUACAUGGAGCAAUUAUUCUACCUUUGAUCUAUUUGGUGUUCACCCACAGAAAUCCUUAUACAUUUCUGUUGGGCAUCGCCACUCCAUUAACAACAGCAUUCGGAACAUGUUCCAGCUCUGCCACCCUUCCUUCAUUGAUCAAGUGUGUUGAGGAAAACAAUGGAAUCGAUAAAAGGAUUGCCAGAUUUGUCCUUCCCAUUGGAGCUACUGUCAACAUGGAUGGGGCUGCCAUAUUUCAGAGUGUUGCUGCAGUAUUCAUUGCCCACUUGAAUGAUAUUACCUUGGAUGCUGGACAGAUCUUUACUAUCAUAGUGACUGCCACAGCAUCCAGUGUUGGAGCAGCAGGAAUCCCAGCUGGAGGAGUACUCACAAUAGCAAUUAUUCUGGAAGCAAUUGGACUUCCCACCAAUGACCUCUCUCUCAUCCUGGCAGUAGACUGGAUUGUGGACCGGACCUGUACUGUGGUUAACGUAGAAGGAGAUGCUCUGGGAGCGGGAAUCCUUCAUUACACCAGCCUGAAGGAACUGGACACAGAGAAAACAGAACUAACAGAUGUGAAGGUGGAAGCUGUGGCUAACCCUAGUUCAGAGAAUGAAAUAUCCCCACUUGUCUCUUACACUGAAAAGCCCCCUACUCCCUCCAGUAAUGUGGAUUCAGAAUCAAAAGAAUCCAUACUGUGAGGGCAUAAAAUAUCUAAUGUAAACCCCACAGCCUGUGUUUGAAUCUCAUUUUAUCAUGUUUAUAUGGGAAAAGUAAUCUCCUGUGCUCUCUGUCUAUUUCUGAUUACUUAAUAUGCAUAUCUGCCCUAUAGAUACCGAUGUCAGUAUCAUUUCAUUAUCCACCUCCAUAUUAGCCAUUUCAUCACAUUCCAAAUAAAAGUUAAAUGUCAGUCAUGUCAAAACAGGCCCCGGUGACUAUUUCCCUGACCAACACAGCAGCGGCACAAUGGAGUGAAUGACUAGCAGACUUGAAAUGUCACAUACUGUCCUUCAACCAAUUUUAAACGUUUAAGAACUUCAUUUAGGUUUAACAGCGGUUGGUGACAAUCGACUUUUUAACUUCGUUAUUAUUUUUAAACAUUAAUGUUUAUAAGGGUAGUAAGACAUUGAACAUCUCCCUGUUAUGUGGGGGGCUAAAAAUGUUCUUAUUGCUUCCACAUGCAUGAAGUAAUACAUUGCCAUUUGUAGAGUAUUUUGUAUGAGUGUGCCAAUUGUUGAUGCCUAAAGCAUUUUCUCAGAUGAAAAAAAGUCUUUCAAAUGUACAGGGUACUGUUAAUAAGUCUUGUGCCUUAAAGUGUACUAUCUCUAUUUUGGCUUCUCUUCAAACUCGUCCUGACUUGACUGCCUUAAGCUUAAUUCUGCUACCAAGAAGAGAAAUGAAAAUGAGAAAUCCCACAACCCAAAGAGAACUCAACCAAAUGAAAAUGGUUAACAAAAGCAAAGAAUCCUUGCUUGUCCUGGAAAUGAUUUAAUAUGCAGCAAUGUAGAGUUGCUGUUGCAUGCUUUUGGUAUCCCUUAGUAACAUUUUGAAUAGGAUCAGUCUCCCCAACUGGGUCUGCCUUUGUAUCUUCUGAGGCUGGAGAAGCACAAAGACAGAUGCAACAGCCUUUUUGAGAGUACGCUGAACAAUCAAAUGCUGGAAGCUUUGCAUGUAAAGAAGGUAAGAAGGCAAAAGCCUCAGAGAUUUAUUUGUGGCUUUUUUUCGAAUAAACCAUUUUGGCCUGAAUUAAUGAGCAUCACUCUUUCAAAUGUAUUUUUCCUAACCAUAAUUAAUAUGGUUUCUUUUUGUAAAACUCAUGCAAAAUGAAAACCCCAGAAAGCAAAGUUAAAAUUCCUGGAGAGUGAAUCACCCAAGGAGGUUUUCAAAACAGGUACUGGAGUUCUGAAGAAGCAAUCUAAUCAGCUUUUCAAUAAUUGAGGGUCACUGUGGAGGCACUCAACCACAUUAACCUUACGGCUUAACUCCUGCAAGGAUUUUGAGCAUUGCAAGAUGUUUUUUUUUCUCUGGGCUCUAAAACUAUACAGAAAUCAAUCCAAUCCCGGUGUACGUCCAUCAUGAUGGUAAUAGGUUUCUCUCCCCAACGAUCUGUAGCCUGCCUACAGUGCUUAGGACAGGCACCUGUUUUAUGAAAAGAAAACCCCUUCAAAGUUGUGAUGCAGAAACAAUAAUUGACUAGUCCAUUUAGAACGUUUUUUUUUUCUUAGUACGUGUCAUGUUUCUGGCUAACUUAAUUUGAAAUGUAUUUUAGUCUGAGGCCAUUAAGCAGGAGCUUUUAUUUUGGUUUUACUGAGGAGUCCUUGCAAUGUACGAUCUGAUAUAAUACUGCUUUGCUUGCAAACGUCUUCGAACAUGGUGAGAGCAAACCAUAAUGAGUCAAAUUAGAUUCCUUCACCAAGUUCAAUUGUAUCUAAACAAAGGGAAUGUGUCCUGUGGAAAUCUUUACUUGAGAUGAAAUUGGUACCAAUUGUCAGUACCUUCUGGUUUUACUAUUUUAAUGGCUGUAUUUUAGUGUAGCAAAUAUGUUCUUUGAUACAAAAUGUUAUGAUUCAGCUGGACUAAUGGAACCCUGUUCUCCAAGUUCAUACCCUUGUUUUGAAAUCCCUGUAGCCCAGCUCCUUCCCAUCUCCACAACCUCCUCCGGCCUUGCAGAGUUCCAUGAUUUCCUUUUCCACCUGCUCCAACAUCCCUGGCUUCCUUCCUGGUACCACCCUGAAGGCUGUGCCUUCAGUCAUUAGCGCUUGGCUCUGGAAUUCUCUCACUAGAGCUCUCGGUCUCAGAGAAGAGAAAGGCUGUGAGGUUUAGGGAGGGGAUUCCAGAGUUUAGGUCAUAGACAGCUGAAGACACAGCCACCGCCGAUACAGUGAAGGAAGUCGGGGAAGGGCGGCAGGCUGGAAAAGGAAAUCAUUGAACCUUGUAGGACUGGAGGAAGUUAUAGAGAUGGGGAUAGAACAUAGAACAUUACAGCACAGUACAGGUGCUUCGGUCCAUGAUGUUGUGCCGAAAUUUUAUCUAAUAUCUAUCUAACCCUCCCCUCCCACAUAGCCCUCCAUUUCUUUAUCAUUCAUGUGUCUAUCUAAGAGUCUCUUAAACGUCCCUAAUAUAUCUGCCCCCACAAUCUCUGCCGGCAGUGUGUUCCACGCACCCACCACUCUCUGUGUAUUAAAAAAAAACAACUUGCCUCUGACAUCCCCCUUAUACAUUCCUCCAAUCACCUUAACGUUAUGCCCCCUUGUGUUAGCCAUUUUUUGCCCUGGGAAAAAGUCUGACUGUCCACUCGAUCUAUGCCUCUUAUCUUGUACACCUCCAUCGAGUCACCUCUCAUCCUCCUUCUCACCGAAGACUAUAGUCCUAAUUCACUCAACCUAUCCUCUUAAGACAUGCUCUCCAAUCCAGGCAGCAUCCUGGUAAAUCUCCUCUGCACCCUCUCUGAAGCUUCCACAUUCUUCCUAUAAUGACCAGAACUGAACACAAUACUCCAAGUGUGGUCUAACCAGAGUUCUACAGAGCUGCAAUAUUACCCCGACUAAUGAAGGCAAACACCCCAUAUGCCUUCUUAACAACCCCAUCGACCUGCGUGGCAAUCUUGAGGGAUCUAUGGACGUGGACCCCGAGAUCCCUCAAAGGAUGGUCCUUAAAACCUGCUUUUAUUGACUAGCCCUAAUAUCAGUAUUAGAUUAUGGUUCAGAAUGUUCCUGUGGGGAGCUUUGGAUGUUUUGUUGUGUAAUGGUGCUAUAUAAAUGCAAAUUGUUGUUAUUGUACUUGUGUUACUGCAACUCCUGUGGUUUCAUGUAUCAUUCAGAAUGUGGUAAUCCAGUAAAAUUUGUACCUGCACUAUUGACCUGCAUCAAGUAGAUUAAAUGAGAUGUAUAUUGGGCAGCACACUGGUAGUGCCCACUUUGGCUCCAGCACACAUGCCCAGUGUCUCAACACAUAUAGUGGCAUACAAAAGUUUGGGCACC